UAUAAACGUAGUGGCUGGAGAAAAAAUCCUCCACGGAUAGACGGAAAAAAAAUGUGUGAGCCACAAAAAUCGAGCAGUUCAUGUACAAUACAAGAAGAAAGGCAAUCUACACCUGAAACACUGUUAUCGGGGAACGACGAAAGUUUCUUCAAGUCUCUGUACGAGUUUAUUGAAUAUGAAAAACAGUACCUGCAGUGUCCAGCAGAGGGCCCGGAUGAGCUGCGCUUCAUCAUCUACCGCUCCGUGUUUAACAAGGUAUGAAAUUACUUUAAAAAAUAGAUGAAACUAUCAAGUACAGCAUGUGAUGCUCUCCAAUAUGACAUUCUAUAGCACAAAACAGUGAAAGUUUUUCACAAUUUUCCACCGUGUUCCCUGUAAUUAUAAGUUACUACUUUGUUGGACCAGUAAAAAACAGGAUUUAAAAAAAUACUCACUCUUUGAUCUUCCUCCUCGUCCUGUUUUUUAAUAGGUGAUUGGCAGAGCAACAUCAUACAAGAAACUCCUUCUCACCAUAAAGGGAGAGUAUGAUGAUACAAUCAAGGUGCUGCAGAGGAGGGAGGAGGAGAGCAAGGAGGCUCAGCGAAUCCUUAAGGCUUCAACUUUACACCAGAAGUCACUGACAACCUGCCAGAGACGAGCUACCAAUCUAAAGGAAAGGUGUGUAUGUAACUUUUAUGGUGCUGAUGUCUGAGAAUGACAUUAGUAUGCAGGGUGUUGUGAUGGUUGGAACACAUAACAAAAUGUUGAAGUCAUCCAGCCAUUGACCGAUCAUCUCUGUCUCUCCAGACUCUGUGUCCUUCAAAGAGAAACAGCAGAUCUUCAACAGGAGAUCAAGAAACAACAGUCCCUUAAAGAGCAGAGCAUGUGGAUACCUGGUACUGCUGACAUUAGAAGACAUGGUGUUAAGGGAUGUAUAUUGAGUGUUUGUAGGUGACAGUCUUAUACACUGCCCAGAUGUGUGUUUAGACAAAGGUGGUUUUGUGUAGUUAUUUUCAGUGAUUUGGCCCCAUCUCAGCACCUGUCCUUCAAACACUUGCUGAAUGGAAUCAAAACAAAAAUCAGUUUCAGGAAGGAUUACUGAAGGGAUCUUCAGUCCAAUCUGAUCCAGUUUAGUUUUACUUUAUUCUGUUGUCAGUUUCUUAUUGCAGUAAGGUCAGUGGUUGUAAGACCCAGAUCUUCCUGAUUUAAGGGUUAAUAAGCAGAGGAGAGGUUUAACUGUUUUGUAUUAAAUUGUUUUACUUCAUUGUUUUAAUCUGAUCCAAAACCAUCUCAAACAAACACAGAGCUCCACUUUGUUAUUGUGGGUCAAGUCUCAAAGCAAGAUGGACCCUAUAAGAUCUCUGCUUAAGGUGUUUUAAUAAUACAGCAGAGCAUGGAUGUUUUUGAAGUGUACUAUCAGAGUUUAGCAGGUAGUUGGUACUGAACAUCACCUCUGUUUCAACUUUGAAGCUCAUGUCUGUCCUGUCUCUCAGGUAUGACGGUGGCUGAGUCCAAGGAUCCUGAGGCUCUUGAUAGAUAUCUAGAGCGACUUAAAGCCCAGAGAGACUCUCUUCUGGACAGGAAGAGUCACUGUGUGUCAGUGGAGGUCAAAGCUGAGCUGGAGGCCAAACUGCAGGCUGCUGAGCAGCACAGGGAUCAGCUGAGGGCUGAGAACAACAGACUGAAAGCUUUGUGAGGGCUUAAACUCUAAAUCUAUACUUGUCUGAUGAAGAUGUUACAAACACCUGAGUCGUAUCAUUCAUUUCUUUGAUGGAGUAUUAUGUAAAAUUAUUUCUCUGAUCUCUCUGCAUCUUCAGGUUUAAGCGUUUAAGAUUUGUGUCGAACCAUGUGUCCUGCUGGGAGAGGGAAACGCAGCAGGUUUCUUUGGAGCAACUUCUAGGUUCAACAGUGAAGAACAUCAAACAGAACAGUAGUGAGACACAGCAGCUAUUCAACCUUUUGAUCAAAUCAGUCCUGGUACAAAGACGGAUAAUGACAUAAUACCUAUCAAGGAUUUUAGACUCAAAAAGGGUGAAAAUUUAGAGAAAAGAUUUAUACUUCUUUGUGUUUUGAAAUGAUAACACAUUGACAAAACUCUUUCUCACUUCAGAAGAAUCUGUCUUGAAGUGUUAUUUUGUCUUCAACAAACACAUCUCCACCGGUGUGAGCUACUGAAAACUCUCUAUCUGCAAAAUAAUGAAUCUGUGAUUGAUAAUACCCUCAGAGUUACAGAUGAGGUGAUUAAAUAUCUUGCAUCUAUUGAAGUCGCUCUCAUCUUCUCCUGCAGUGACUGAAGAAGAUGUCAGCAGCAUCAUCGUUGAGCUGUUUGAGAAUGAGGAGCCCACUGGAGUUGAUGAGUCUAAAUUCUUGACAGACUACCUGAACAGGUGCUGCAUUUAUCUCUGGGGACUUCACAGGUUUUCUGAUGUCUCUCUGAAAUGUUCCUCUUUCACUCUCCGACAGGUUCUUGGAGCUCUUUGAAGCAGCUGAGUACGAGGAAGCUGCUCUACAUGCUGCCAGGUCUCCCCAAGGAAUCCUGAGGAACCUCGACAUCAUGGGGAUGUUCAAAGGUGAAUCUUAAGAGGAGCAAAUUCAAAGUACAUGAGUCUUUUUAAUCAAAUUUGGUCAUGUCUCAUCAAGUCAUUUUAGUUGCUCUCUAAAACAAAUCUAUGAAAAAAAUCACUCCGAAUCAUUUUGGCUCAAUAGUCAAGACUUUCAUUUUCUCUUUUAUUAUUCAACGAUCCCCGUUCAACCACAGGAAACAGAAAAGCAAAAUAAUGCCUCCUUUGUCACGUUUGAAGCCACCAUAUUAUGUCCGUCUUCACUCUAGCUUCCCUCAUUCAGUCAAGAUCUUUCUGAAAAGAGACUUUCAGUUCCUGAGUUUGGUUCCUCUAGUUUUCAUAGUGACCUGAGAAGAGAGCACUAAUGAUCAUGACACACUUGUUUUUCUAAAAAAACUACUUUACAGUAUAGUCCUCUCUUAGGCUAGUGCUUUUAGGAAGGUUUUCUUGAGGAACUGUCGACCCAAGAAGAAAAAAAGUCCUUGUCCAUGAGAGCUUUUAAGUAUGGAAUUUAACCAUUUAAGUUACAACCCUAAACACCCUCAGGUGCACAUGUUUCAGUUAUGUCAGGGUGGUGGAGACAGUGUAAUAAUGCCCUCUGCAUUUGCUGAAUUAAACAUGCAAAUUCAGUAUGGAUAGAACGGCAGCAGUCCAGAGUGAGGGCAGGGCUUUUAGAGCUCCCCCUGGUGACUGACUGCAGUACAGGCAUUAAAGCCCACCUCAUCCAUUAUAGCUGUCUGUGUGUAAAUUCAGUUCAUGAGGAAAAAAGUUCUUAGAUGCUCUCUGUUCGCUGUAAAUUCUGCUGAUAUACAAGGGCGGCCAUUUUUCCAACAAGUUUAGUUUUCAUAAGCCAUUCCAUGUUUUAAAAAAUGAUUGAUUGACAGCUAUCUUUUUAGACAGGCUUAACUGAUGUGGUUGUUGUGGGGCUUUUGUGAAGUUGGCUUAAUCUAUGCCAUUAUAUAUAUUGUGUUUCUCUGUAUUUUGUUGCAUUUUAUCCUUGUUGUAAAACACUUUGUCAUUUUAUCUAUGACAAGUGAAAUUGAAUUUUAAUUUAAAAUUAAUUAAUUAAAUAUUAAAUUAAAUUUACUUACUUACUUAUGACAACUGCAGCCCUUAUUGGAUUAGUAGAGGAGGAGGAUUGAAAGAAAACCUCCUAAAAAAACACGAAAACAAGAGUCAUCUUUUCAUAACCUUUAGAGUUUUCUUCAAAUCAACCCAAGAAGCUGUUCCUCUGUGGGUUGUGUCAACAUGAAGAUCUCCAAUAUUUUCAGGGUAACUUAAAUGUGUGUUUUGAUCAGUGGAAGGGAUCGAUCCCACAGCCCCACAGUCCAGAUUAUUCCUGCAUAUUGAUCGCACUGGCAGAAUAUGCCGAUGCCCAUCAAGGUGAUAUGUUGGCUUCACGUCUCUCUCAGAGGGGAUGGAGGCCUGGUGAUUAUAACAAAAUACAGUAAAUCAAAGAAUGUAUAAGAAAGAGACUAGACCAUUACGUAUAUCAACAUUUACCAGGGGCAUGUACAAAAAGAAAGACUUCAGAUGAUUGAAAUUGGAAUUUAUUUUUAUGUACAGUAUGAACUGUCCACAGAAAAAAAGUCAACUUCCAUGACCUCCUCCAUGUUAAAGAGAAAUCAGCGUCUAUGUCACAGCCUUAAUAAAAACACAGACACCCCAAAGAAAUGUUGCUGCUCUUGAAUUUCCCAUCAUUAGCUCAGCAUUUUCAAAAUAUUUCCAUUUACAUGCUCAGAAAAACGUUGUUUAUUUUUCUUUUUUAAUCCAGACAGUCUUUAAUGUGUGAACACUGGAUUUUCUGGUCCUGUCAGACGCCCAGUUUCACACCAAUGGAAGCUGAAUUGCCAAGUAUGUUUUUGUUUCCUGGAUGUUUGUUGUUGACAUAUUCUUCACUUUUGUGUCUCUCUCUCAGGUGUACAUGGACCAUCGAGCUCUGCCCACCCUCUCUUGCUCUUCUUCCAGGCCCUCCUCAUGACCCUCCCAGCUGGUGACAAGCUGUCAGCCGCUCUCUCCACUGAGAUGGUCCGCUGUGCUCUGCAGCAUGGUGACACACAGCUCAUCAACCACAGUGUCACGUACAACAAGUAAACAAACAGAUCAACAAAAUGCCUGUAUCUGCACUGUACUGUAGCUUAGAUUUUCACACUUCUUGUCCCCUAAGACUGACCAGCUCUGAAGACCUGGGCGACAUUCUGACUGAGCAUGCUCAGAAGGACACCCGUGUGGCUGACUUGUGUCUGGCUUUGGCGACUGUUGUCUACAAGACCUGCAGACUGGACAGGAAAACUGCACUCAGCAUUUGCAAGAGAGGACUAAUCCACAGUGUGGCUGAGUUCAUGAACAACUGCAAGGGUCUCACAGCUGGUGUGUGAAUAGAAGGGCCUCAAUGGACAAUUUCCAAACCAGCUAUAACACCAAAUUCUGAAAAAUGGUUCCUAUGUUUCAAAAUACAAAUAGAUACCUGUUAUAAUAUCUGUAUGAAUCACUCUCUCUCUCUCUUCUAGAGGACUGUAUGUGGGUUUUUUACCAAUCCCCCAGCCUCUCCCUCCUCCAGCUUUUGACGGAGCCUCAGCAGGGCCAAGCAGCCAUCUUGUCAGCAGGCGUGGUCCUUUCCUCUCUGCUGUCAGACCCUCGGCAGCAGGAGCUUGCACUGCGACUCCUUGACAGCUUUGUCAGCAGAGGCCAAGGUAAACAGAAGCUGUCAGCAGGCAAGACGCCAGCUGUAGUGAGAGUAAAAAUGUGGUGAUUAAGAUCUUGGUUUUAUUGCUCAAGUAACAGGACAGGAGAUAGAGAUCCCGAAUCUGAUAAUUCCCAAUAAAACUGAAAGGGGGAAGUGAACCAAAACCAACAUAACACAUGACCCAAGGUGACCUCUAACUGUGCCAUAUGUCCUCUCAGGUGUGUUGGAGGACCUGAUCCUGGAGGAUAUGAGGUCCACACUGGAGGACUGGACUGAUGUGGAGUCCAUGUGUUCUGAGCUGAACCGGGCAGAUCUGAGCAGGGCUAUCCUGUCUGUCUUACUGAACCAGAGUGGAACCAGAGCCCUGUCCCCUGACCUGGAGGGAGCCCAGCUUGUAGAGCACAUCUUCCUUUAAAAACUGACAUUGACCACUCAUUUGCAGACGGAGGAUUCACGGCAGAAAGACUAAAGACUUCUUCUUCUUCUUCU